AUGAAUAUGCUCUUUCUGUUUGUUUUCUUUUGCAGGUCCUAUGAGGAAUGGAUUGGCUAUACUGUGUCAGCUGAUCGUGAGAUAGUCAAGGUUUUUCAAGAAGUGUUCUUCUCCUCGUCUGGAAUUGACUGUGCAAUGUCUUUAGCGAACUUCUUAAUCGGGAUGAUGGUUGUUUCUCUGAUGGUAUAUGAAG